CUCCAGGGGCGGGCCGCGAGCCGCAGCUCCGCCCCCAGUCUGCAAUAGCUCCCAGGCAGGGAGCCAGCUCCGCUACGCCGUAACCUCUCCGUUCCUCUUUUCGGCUGCCCAGCCUUUCCGAGGACCUUUGGUGCCACCAGCCACAUCCUGGAGGUGCUCCCCUGCAGCGGGACAGAGCUCGGGGCGCCGGGCGCCCCCCUAUCCGCGCCCUCACCCCUCGGCCGUGCCGAUUGGCCGCCCCGGGACCACCCCCGCGGACAGGCAGGGUCCUCCGCCGGCGGAAAGUUUUCUGCGUCCGGAAGAAGUUGCACGUCCGGAGACUCCGAGGCUGCAGGGCUCCGUGCGGCCAUGGAAGAAGCCCCUUUGCGAGAGGAGGAAGAAGAGGAAGAGGAGGGGGACGAGGCUGGGCCCGAGGGGGCUCUCAGCAAGAGCCCCUCCCAGCUAACCACCGAGGAUGUGUACGACAUCUCCUACGUGGUGGGCCGUGAGCUGAUGGCCCUGGGCAGCGAUCCCCGGGUGACACAGCUGCAGUUCAAAAUCGUCCGCGUCCUGGAGAUGCUGGAGACGCUGGUGACGGAGGGCAGCCUGACCGCAGAGGAGCUGAGAUUGGAGCGGGACAGCCUGCGGAAGGAGGUGGAGGGGCUGCGGCGGCAGGGCUCGGAGGCCAGCCCGGAGGUGACCCUGGGGCCAGACAAGAUGGUGGUUGACCUGAGGGAUCCCGGCCGCCCGCGCUUCACCCUCCAGGAGCUGCGGGACGUGCUGCAGGAGCGCAACAAGCUCAAGGCCCAGCUGCUGCUGGCGCAGGAGGAGCUGCAGUGCUACAAGAGUGGCCUGAUUCCACCCAGAGAAGGCCCAGGAGCAAGAAGAGGACAGGAAACUCUGGUUGCGGUUGCGAGGGCCAGCAAUGCCAGGAGAAGCAAGGAGGAGAAGACCAUCAUAGGGAAGCUGUUCUCUUUCCGGUCUGGGAAGCAGACAUAGAUCUAAGGCAGCGGCUCUCAGACUCGAGAAGGCAGCCCAGCAGGAAAACCUCAGAAUCCGCUCAGCGCCACGCAGACCCACGCACUUUCUGCCUUGUUUCCCCUCAAAGCCGUCCGAGGCGGAAGGACGAGGGGUUCUCACGUUCGCCGUCUCCUGGCUGCAGACCUGGACAUUCCCGGGGGCCUGGCCAGGGCGGGGGAGUGGCCUCAGGAAAGCGGAAGAAAGCACAGCCACCACCCGCCCACGUCAGCCGCCGGGAGGGGCUCAGGGUUCCGCCCCUCCGGCCCCACGCGCGGCCCGCCCACGGGGAGACGGCGUAAGCCCGAGAGCAUGGCGCUGGCAUUCCGGGGACCUCACCGACGCGCAGCGGGCGUCUGACUUGCCUAACGUGACUUUUGUAUUAAAGCGAGAUGACUUUCCUACUUUAA